AUGGCUAAUUUACGACCCUGCUGUUUCCAAGUUUCAAACUGGCUCUGUAUUGAGCCUUGGUAUGCCGGUAAAGCUGACAGGUUUUACCAUGGAACUUGGAAAACUGCUAGAAAUAGAAAGGAAGUCAGCCAACAGAUCAAAAGACCUGUGGGCUGGAAUAGGAGUUGUGUUAUGCAUUGCUGCAGGACAUCUUCAACUUCACCUUCAUCAUCUUCAUCGGCUACUAAGCGAGUGUUUCUUGAAGAUAGAAGAAGUUGGGAAGAAAAAGAGGAGCAGUUGGAGUAUUUGGUGAGUGAGUUUGGAUGGAAAGUAAGGAGGUUAGCCGAGAAUCGAGAUGAGAUGAGGGAAGUAGCCCAAAUUCAAGCUGAAGCAUUCCACAUACCGAUGGCUCUCUUUGACGACCUUUUCUUCGAGUUCUUCAAGGCUGAAGUGCUUUCUGGGCUUCUUUACAAACUUAAAAACUCACCUCCAGACAGAUAUGCGUGUUUGGUGGCUGAGCCUGCAGCUGACCCUUCCAAGUCUGAAAGGAAACUGGUGGGCAUUGUAGAUGUCACAGCAGUGAGAGAUAAAGAUGUCCUACAGCACCUCGAGGGAGCAGAUGAAUACCUUUAUAUUUCAGGGAUAGCUGUUUCCAAAAUUUUCAGGCGGCAGAAAAUAGGAAGUGCCUUGCUAAAAGCCUGUGACGUGCUCUCCCAUCAAUGGGGUUUUGAAUAUCUUGCCCUAAGAGCAUAUGAAGAUGAUGUGGGUGCUCGUAAACUAUACACAAAUGCAGGUUACAGAGUUGUGUCAAGUGAUCCCCAAUGGGUGACUUGGAUUGGAAGAAAACGUCGUGUUCUUAUGAUCAAAAAGCCUGAUUUGCUUACUUAA